AUGUCAAAUUUCGAGCCCAAUGCCGUCAUCCGCGGCUUCCAGCUCACGGUGGUAGGAACUGUGCGAGCCUUGAGAAAUCCUGAACUCUUCAAAUAUGAUCAUUUUCGACAGGCUGCUCUGGCCAUAGCUGUGGGAGUCAUUAUUCAACUUAUCAUUCAGAUCCCAAUAAUUGCCUUGAAGUUCGGUUUGUAUAUACUGUCAUGGAUUAUUAAUCUUGAUCGUUCGACCUGGGAUGAGACUCUUCUUAGUGGCCUAAACUUCCUGAGCAAAACUGUGCUUCAAGUCCCAUUCCUGUUAAUGACCUUGAUGAGCUACGUAACACCUACACUUGAUGAGAUAUUCAUGGAAUCAAUUCAGUGGGUAGACAAGACAUACACCAACAAGCACAAGUCUGAAGAUCCCAACACUCUACGUGCUAUGUACUACCCCAACUUGGUCCUUUUCAAGAGCUCUAGGGGCCCCCGCUCUAGCCGGCCCAUGUCCGAAGCCCUCAUGGCUUUCGCCCACCGGUAUGGAAAGAAAAUGGGAAUGCUACUAGGUGUUUACUUGCUCUCUACGGCCCCCUUGGUUGGUCGCUUUGUAAUGCCAGCCUUGAGUUUUUACACUUUCAAAAACUACGUUGGCACCGUCCCAGCGGCUGCUAUUUUCGGUACAGGCCUCAUUUUGCCCAAGGCAUAUCUUGUCCUAUUCUUCCAUACCUACUAUUCGUCGCGUAGUCUUAUGCGAGAGCUUCUCGAACCAUAUUUCCGCCGAAUCAAGUUCACUCCUGAGCAAAAAAAACUUUGGUUCCGUGAUCGCGAGGGUGUUCUAUUUGGCUUUGCCUUUGCCUUUACCAUUGUUUUGAAGACACCUUUCAUUGGCGUUCUUAUGUAUGGUGUUGCCGAGGCUUCUACGGCAUAUCUCAUCACUAAGAUCACAGACCCCCCGCCGUCUCCUACUGAAAGUGAGGGCUUUCCGGAAAGCCAGGUGAAAUGGAAGAACAAGCAUGACUUCCUACGCUUGUCCCUUGAUCAGUUAGACAAGCUUAAUGAAGUGACUGACAAGGUUCCUGCUAAGGAUGAGUCUUCCAUUCAUACGGAGAGGAAGUUCAUUUAG